CCGAUGACGUACCGGAAGUGCGCAUUGGGCAUGCCCAGAGCAGAACGACCUCAGAUCGUCAAUUGUUUGUUUAGAGGUUUUAUGUUUGUAUAUGGGGUUGAAUAUUUAUUUUAUUUCUGGGGAGUUGUUAUAAAUGUCAGGGUGUUUCGUUUUGUUAUCGUUUAAGUGUCAACAUGGCGGCCGUCGCAGACAGUAAGCACUCGGGAGAUGACCCAACCUCGGAGUGCAAUCGACUUUUCACAAAAAGUGGAAAGACACUUCAGUUACGUGCUCUACUAUCAGAUGCUGGCUUGUAUUCCUAUGCUGCUAUUUGUGCACUUUGUCUACAUGAACUAUACAAUUAUGAAUGGGACCAGUCAUUCAAUCAAAGUUGCAUCAACAAUUUGUUACACCAUCUGCAACUACCAAAACAGGUGAAAGGUGUGAUGAUCAGUCUCAUUGAAGGGCAGGGUAACCAAUCUACUGAUGCUUAUGUGGAGUUGUUGCUCGGUGAGACAAAUCUCAAGGGCAAAAGUCUUCUUGUUGUGGAAGACUUGGUGAUGCUGGCUGUAAAAGGAGGAAAUUAUGAUGCUCGGAUGAGAGUUCUCAUUCGCCAUGUUGCUGUCUUACUCCAUGUUCCAUUGGAGCUCCUAGAGCUGUACGAAGAGUCAGUGGUCGAGUUUUUAACUGAAGAACACAAGGAACUUUCUGAAGAGGAGCAGCAAGAAGUGAAUAAGCGCCACCGUGGCCGUAAAAUAAAACGCUAUGCAUGGAUUGGACUAGCAACUUUGGGUGGCGGAGCUAUACUGGGACUCACUGGAGGGCUUGCGGCACCUCUGAUUGGAGCUGGAAUGGGCACUCUCCUUGGUGGAGCAGGAGCAGCCGGAGCAGCAGCAGCUUUGGGAUCGACAGCUGGUAUUGCAAUCAUUGGAUCCUUGUUUGGAGUUGCUGGAGCAGGCCUCACAGGGUUUAAGAUGAAAAAAAGAGUUGGGGAGAUUGAAGAGUUUGCUUUUGGUCCAUUGACAUUAAAUCCUCAGUCAUCUUCCAAUUCCAAUAACAAUCGAGCCUUCAUUACCCAACAGCUUCAUAUCAGUAUAGUUGUGUCUGGGUGGCUUUCUGAUGAGGGUGAUGAUAACUUUACUCGUCCAUGGCGUUCAUUGCUUUGCUCCCGGGAACAAUAUUAUUUGAGAUACGAAUCCCAAUACCUCCUGGAACUUGGUCGUGCAAUGGAAUACAUUCUUAGCUUUGCUGUUUCAAUGGCUGCUCAGGAAGCGUUGAAAUACACCAUACUCUCAGGUCUGUUAAAUGCAAUAAUGUGGCCUGCAUCAUUGAUCACCUUGGCAUCUGUUAUCGACAACCCAUGGGGUGUUUGCUGCCGUCGCUCUGCUGAAGUUGGAAAGCAACUGGCUGAAGUUUUAAUGUCACGGGAACAGGGUCAGAGGCCUGUAACCCUUAUUGGAUUUAGCCUUGGAGCCAGAGUUAUCUACUACUGCUUGCGUGAGAUGGCAAGUCGCCCAGGAAAGAGUGAAGGCAUUAUUCAAGACGCCAUCCUGAUUGGAGCACCUGUCACUGGCAGCACAAAGGAAUGGUCCAGAUUUGCUCGAGUUGUGUCUGGCCGUUUGGUUAAUGGCUACUGCAGGGGUGAUUGGCUUUUGAAAUUCCUGUACCGUACUUUUUCAAUGGCAAGUGGAGUGGCAGGUUUACAGCCCAUAAAUUUCAAGGACCGACGUAUGUUUAAUUAUGACUUAAGUGAACUGGUUUCAGGGCACAGUGAAUAUCCAGAGAAAAUUCGAGAGAUUCUUGAGCUCAUCGGUGUACGAACACGGUCCCUUGAUUCAAUGGCAGCUGCUGAUAUGGCCAUGAAAAAAUCCAACUCGGAUUUACCUGUUCGACCGCAAUCCAAGAUUUCUUUGUUGUCUUUACGUCGCUGCAAAUCUGACAACGCAGUUCAUCUUUGUGGCCUGGAUGAAGAGAAAUGGAAAGAAACACUUGCUGCCGCUAGUUUGGAGACAUUGGCCAUAUCUUCACCAACGGUUUCAACCACUCCAUCAGAACCCAAGUCUCCACCAUCCUUCCAGAGUCCUCCUGACAAGUUUUCUGCAUAUCCUUAGGCUCAGCAGUCAGUAUUUACUGUCUGAAAAAGUUUCUUCUGUAGAUCUUCGUCUUGUAGAUUUACCUUAAUUUCCUAAUUCAUGCUUUAAAAAUUUGAUCGUACAUCCUUCAACCCCCUAUUCUUUUCUAUAUUGUAUGUGCUACGUAAAAAUUCCUUUGUUUUCUUCUAAUGCGGGUUGAGGCUUUAAUGUCUGUGAUUGAUGUUGACUGAAGCACUGUUGUGAGCUGUGCACUGUAUUUAUCCAAAAGUUUCACGACGGCUGUUUUUUGGCAGCCUCGGUUUGUUCAGUUUGAAAGAAAAUGUAUUCGAGAAACCCUCCAGAGGUCCUAACUUGUUGACAGGUGGACCCAAUCUCAUAAUGUUAUUUAACAGUUGAAGUCAAUUUUUUUACUACAUUAUAAAAUAGUAAGAAUGUCGCUCAUAUCAACAAUUCUAUUGAUUUUGAUUGUAAUAUUAUAUUGUAUAAGAAAAAUGUUUCAUUACACCACAUUAUCAUUUCAUCAUUUAAGUAUUUCGUUGGUAAGAUCUCUGGGGCGUGUUACUUGUGUUUUAGGGGUGUAUAAAUUAGAUGGCAAAAGAGGCUUUAGGACAUUUUAAAAAAUUUCCAAAAAAUAUCUUUUUAAGCUUGUUUUUUUGUUGUUUUGUUUUUUAGCAAAAGAAAACGAGGUAUUGAGUUCAGCAGCAUAUCAGUUUGUUAGUCAACUUCUUGGGUGGAUAGCCUCUACCAUAAACAAAUGUCAAUUCUCAUACAUAUCAUUUGUUCACCUUUUACUACUACAAUUCUAAUUAAUGCUGAAGUCAAAUUUGUUGGUUUAAAAAUUAUUCAGAUUUAUAUGAGCUGGGCUUGGUGUUUUAAUCUUGUAAGAGUUUAAAUUAUACAUAUCAACCAAUUUCAUUGGUUUAUGAGAUUUUAUCUUAGAAAUAUUUUUAUAGUUGUUUUGUUACAUACUGCAGUAAAUUUUAUUGAUGUUACAAACCUGGAAGGAGACCAAACACAUUAGUGGUGCUCACCUUGUGUGAAUCAUAUCAAAUUUUAUCUUAAACUUUCCCUGUAUAAUUUGGACCUUAAUCAAGAAGGGCAUGAAGUUGUCUCAUGUCAGUACCAUUCCGUGUUAGCAAAAAGGUGUCUAUUGCUUUUUGGCAAUGGCAUUUUUUUUAUUUUUGCUUUUGUCUUAUCUCAAUGAACGUAGUGCUCUGCAAAUGACAUUUAUUGCAUUUAAGAGACCUUAGACAAUCAAAUUGAGUAUUUGUGUGUAUCUUUGUGUGUAGUUUGUAUGUGCUUCAAAUUGAGUGGUAUCUGCAAUGUUAGUGUAUGUUCCUGUUUUUGGAUGUUAGUUCUUUGAAGAUCUUUAAAGUUUUAGUAUAAGUGAUCCUUGGCCAAGGGACACAAAAUAGUGACUUUUUAUUACUUACAUGAAUGAGGAGAUCAUUGAGUGUGUGGCAACACACAGGGUAUGUGGCAAGGUGUCAGAUGUUGUUUAUUUUGACCUUUUAUUCAUGCCACUCAGUAAAUUUUUAAUAACAUGUUGCAAUUUAGAAAUGCUUCAAUGUUUCAUAGGCUGAACUAACACCUGUUUCUGGUUUAGUGGAGUAGGGCAUAUUUUGCCUGUGUGGUUCAUUAAUAGACUUUGUUGUCUAGUCAUAUCAAUUAGGAUUAUACUAGUAGGGGGUGUCAUGGAUCGUAUUUAUAUUUGACUGCACUACUGUAUUUAUUUCGUGACAUGUUUUAGUUUUAGGUUUCUGUGGUUACAAAAUUCCCUUCUGGUCAUACAACUAUGUAUGAUCUAUCCAAACAAACUUUCCUGUCAAUAUUUUUCUAGACAAUGCACUUUUCUUUUUUUCAGGGGAUCUCCCAUUUUGUUACUUAGUUGUCUUUGUAUUAGUAUUAUGUAAGGUCUCUGAUACAACAGUAUGGUUUUUAGGUUUCUUUUCUCAGCUUGUCAGGCGGAUAUACCCAGGAUUUACUUUCAGGGGUCAUGUCACACCUUUUGCCUACUUACAGGUGGAUUGGUAGUGUUGGUGCCUACCUUCAGGCGGAUGCGGAUUGGACUGCAGUUUUCCCACCUUCAAUCUGGUUGUACUGUAUGUUGCAUUCCUUCUGAGGCAUUGGUCUGUGGCUUCCACAGGUGUGACCCCCACUCUGGGUAUGCGCAUGUAGCUUCAAGCUCUCUUAAUUAACAUUUGCUCAUCAUGUUUGUUAGAAUGGUGCUCUCAAUUUUGCUUUGUCUGCAUCGUCUCCAUUAAUCAGAAAUCAAAGCUUGGAAAGCUUUUAAAUUUUACUACGUCACUAAUUUUUCUAUCAAAAAGUUAGUUGUUCACCUCUUUUAUUGUAAAAACCAAACAGAAUCAAACUCAUUGCAGCUGCAUUUUGCUCUUCCAUAUUGACUGCUAAAAGUAAAUUUUAUUUUGAAGUCAGAACUGAUAAACUUACAGUAUUCAAGCAGACUCAAUUUUAUUGUGAUGUUAUCAAUCAGAUUAUCUUGAAGUAUUAAUUUUCUGUCCAAAUUACCUUUUGAAGCAGGCCAUUUGUCUUCAGUCCGACAAGAAAAGUGCAUUAUUUUGGUCUUAAUUUUAUUCUUAAAAUUCUCUAUGCAUUUUUUUUUAAUUAGUGUGUUAAGGCUUGGAGUAGCUUGCUCCAAAAAACUGCCUGAGCAAAUCAAAACAAAUCCCCGAUUUAUCCCUAUGAUUUCUGUUGUGUGCUGUUAGUACUGUAUAUUCGUAAACAGAAAGUGCUGAUUCUUUCCAAUCCUUAUUGAGUGCUGUUUUUUUACUCAAAUAGAUGUAUAGCGAAUAACAGUAUGCCAGUCUUUGUUUAAUGAAAACAAUGAUUCUGAUAGACUUUCUAAAACCUGCUCAAACUAGACCAUUUCAUUCAUCAUCACCACUUUCUCAGCUUUCAGCAUGUGUACUGUAUGUUCAUACUUAUAAAUGUCUUUUAUCAAAUUGACUGAAACGCACAUUUUGCAGCUGCCUUCAUGAGUCUUAGUGUUAAUGAUUCAUAUUGAAAAUUCAAUGGGUAUUAGAUAAUUUGCAUUGUGUUCGUUAACAACAUUGUUGGAAACUUGAAAAGCUCCCGACUGUUUUGUAAACCAUAUCAUAAAAGCAAAAAAUGGAUUCUGUAUUCUAUUACCAGGAUAAUUGUACAUGAAACAAAGGAUUUUUAAGUUUUUGUUCUUAAUAGAAAUUGUAGUUCAAGAAAGUGUUUGUCAGUGGUCAUAAUGUUACAACAUUUUGAGUUUGAGACUUUCUGUUAGUUUGCCCCAUGACGGUGGUACUAAUGUUUUAUCAGUUGUUAAACAUUAACAACUUCACAGUAACUUUGUUCUUCUAUCCUGAGUUUUACAAUAGUCCAUAGAACAGUCAAAAAUCCAAGUUUGGUGCUACACAUAAAUGGUUUUUGCCCAUUGAUUUAAUUAGUUCAGCUGGUUGUAAGUUCAUGAACUUAGGCUGAUUGCCUCAUUCUGUAAUCCGUCAUACAACUAGCCUCUUUAGAAUCAGACAUAUCAUUUGUCAAUUAACUGUUUAGUUAAAUGUGUAAAUGAGCUUUCUAGAUCAGAAUAUGUUACAUAUUUUUAUAGAUGUGUUGAAUGUAGAGCUGUUGGUUAGUGGUAGAUUUUGAUUCUAGCCCUGUGAUAAGAUUGCCUGUAAUUUUCUAGUGCUCUGUGAUCUUGAUAGACAUGCCAUGAUAUAGAGUAAGUUGAAUGUGGAAUUUGUAGUUUGUAGAUACUCCUUGAAAUGAAAGACAUAGUGGAGUCUGACCAUUUCUCUGUAGAAGGUGACUCAGGGUGCGCGCAAUGAAGUUGCCCAGCUUGUGUCCAGCGCCUCUCAGGACGCUUAUCCUAAAGCUUCAAAAUAAAAAUGUAAAAAAUAAAAAA